AUGAAAGCUAUCCAUUUCUCACCUACUAAAGUGUUUAAUUGCGGGUCUUUAGUCAAAGAUAGCCAAGAAGAGUUUGAAAUUAUCUACAAUCAAACAAAAACAUUGAAGAUGAAGAAAUUUGAAGCAAUUUUGCUUUCAAAUUUAAUCUAUAGCAUAAUUUCAACAGAUAACUCUUGUUCUUCAUAUCAAUUACAAUGCCAUCUUGAUGAUGAAAUAAUCACAAGUUUCUUUGCUCAAAUUUCAUCAACAAAUUUCGAUAUAUCCUUAGACAAAGCCGACCGAUACCUUAUUAUUGCUAAAGAAUUAGACAUGCCAGAAGUCAUUGAAGCAAUUAAUUUCAACGCUGCCAUGAUUUCGAUUCAAGAACUUGAUUUACCACUUGUUUUCUAUGAUUAUAAGAGUCUCUUACAAUCUCUUGCCAAAAAUAUCAACCUUGUUCCAUUAAAAUGGCUUAAUUCCAUUGCAACUCAUUUCUUAGUUGAUAUUUACGAACAAUACCCACAAUUUGAGAACUGGAACACCUAUACAAACACCAUAAUAAAGCACCAUCUUCCUGUCUACUACCUCAAUGAUUUACCAAUCCAACAGUUAGAUAUUCCAACUAUUGAAAACCUCCUUAACUACUUGAUUGAGAACAAUACGCAAGAAUGGAUAACCAUGAUUUCUAUGGAACUUGCUAGAAUGGCCCAAGAUCUCAAAGGCGAAAUUGCAAAAUUGUCAGAUAUCAUUAAAAACGGUGUUACUUUUGAUAAAGAAAUUGAUUGCAUGUUCAUCAAGUCAGGACGUGAUAGUAUUUGCGGUGAAUUCUGGAAAUGCCUUCAAUGUUGCCAAGGAGACAGAGUUAUUUGCACUGCUUGUAAAAACAGGUGCCAUGCCGGCCAUCCUGUUGUUCGUUGCUCGAUUGAUAGAGGAUAUUGCGAUUGCGGUGCUGGAAAACUUGAUUGCAAGUGUCAAUGCAUGGGAAGGACGAAUUUAAUCAAGAGUAGUAGUAUGAUAGGACGGGUUUAG